UCUCGCGAGAUAUAGGCAGGUGUCCGGUUGCUAGGGCCGCCCGGCUAGCGGCCUGUGACAGGGGAGCCGGCUUCUGAGGCGGCCGUAGCGUGUACACCCCCAACCCAAACUCCUCCCCAGGGAGAGCAGCCUGUCUGGCUGCAGUGACGUGUCUUUCACCUGGCGGAGGCGGCGGUGACAGCACCGGGGCUGGCGAGGAAGGUAAAGAACAUGGGUAAUGUUACAUCGAAACAAGCGCGGUAAUACAGGUGCAGCCAUGGGUUGAAUAUUGAAGCUUUCCGUGUCCUCAUCGCGCUUUACCUCUCUAAAAUGGGAAGACUGAGCAUAUCGUGCCUCCUCCCAGCUUCCUGGCACUUUAGCAUAUCCCCCGGGGGCUGCCCGCGUGCCCUGAAUACCACCCUACGUCAGCUGGUGGUAAUUGGUGCAGUGACUGCCAUCUUGUUGUUGCUGAUCUACUCUCUACUGUUGGUCAGGACCAAGUACAGCCUUUCCCAGCGAGACAGGAAAUAUCACAGGUACCUGGCUCGUGUUACUGAUAUGGAGGCCACUGACACCAACAACCCCAACCUUAACUAUGGCGUGGUGGUAGACUGUGGCAGCAGUGGCUCGCGGAUCUUUGUGUAUUGCUGGCCUCGUCAUAAUGGCAAUCCACAUGACCUGCUGGAUAUUAAGCAAAUGAGAGACCAGAACAGAAAGACUGUGGUCAUGAAGAUCAAACCAGGUAUUUCGGAACUUGCCACCACCCCAGAGGAAGCCAGUGGCUACAUAUCUCCAUUGCUCAACUUUGCAGCUAGCCAUAUUCCCCGGGAUAAGCACAAAGAGACCCCCCUGUAUAUUCUCUGCACUGCAGGGCUCCGGAUCCUGACUGAGAGCCAGCAGGAGGCCAUACUUGAAGAUCUGCGAACAGAUAUUCCUGUACGCUAUGACUUUCUCUUCUCUGACUCCCACGCAGAGGUCAUCUCAGGGAAGCAGGAAGGAGUGUACGCCUGGAUUGGCAUCAACUUUGUCCUUGGCCGCUUUGAUCACAUAGACGAUGAAGACGACGCAGUAGUGGAGGUUAAUGUACCUGGCAGCGAUAACAAGGAUGCCAUCUUCCGCAAGCGGACAGCGGGCAUCUUGGACAUGGGCGGAGUCUCUACUCAGAUCGCAUAUGAAGUACCUAAAAGUGUAAGCUUUGCCUCCUCCCAGCAGGAAGAGAUGGCUAAGAACCUGCUGGCAGAGUUCAACCUUGGCUGCGAUGCCCACGAGACCCAGCACGUGUACAGGGUGUACGUGGCCACUUUCCUGGGCUUUGGGGGCAAUGCUGCUCGGCAGAGAUAUGAGGGUUAUAUCUUCUCCAGCACAAUGGAGAAGAACAGGCUUCUAGGAAAGAAGGUGGGUCUGUCUCCAGAUGUGCCAUACAUGGACCCAUGCCUUCCUUUUGAUAUCCCAGAUAAGAUUCAGCAGGAGGGACAGACCAUGUUCUUGCGUGGUACGGGUGACUUCAGUCUCUGCCGCCGGAUCAUCCAGCCUCUCAUGAACUUGUCCAAUGAGACACAGACUACCUUAAAUGGCAUUUACCAGCCCCCACUGCCCUACCACAACAGCGAGUUCUAUGGCUUCUCAGAGUUCUACUAUUGCACAGAGGAUGUUCUGCGUAUGGGGGGAGACUACAAAUCAGUCCGCUUCCUACGAGCAGCACAGGAUUACUGCGCAACAAAAUGGUACGUUUUAAAAGAAAGGUUUGAUCGUGGCCUGUACGCAUCACAUGCCGACAUGCACAGGCUGAAGUAUCAGUGCUUCAAGUCUGCCUGGAUGUAUGAGGUUUUUCACACUGGCUUCUCGUUCCCUGCCAAUUACAGCAGCCUAAAGACUGUCCUGCAGGUGUAUGAUAAGGAGGUACAGUGGACGCUGGGAGCCAUCUUGUAUCGCACACGCUUCCUGCCACUGAGUAACCAUGCUUAGGACAAAAUCCAUUUGGAGUGGUGACGUCAGCCUGAAUCCAUCUGGAAAGACAGAUUCCAGCUGUGAGGAAAGUAAGAAAUGUAACGCCAGCUCUGUCUUUGUUAUUCUCUGCCCAGCUCUAACUGCUCUUCCACACUCCCCAUCAUCUCCCAGCUCCUGGAAGAGAGCCUCCUCCUCCAGCCCCAUUCUCAUGUCUGUGUGUUUAGCCUCUUCUCCUCUCAAGUUUCUACCUGUAUUCUGCUCCCUGGCCUCCUCAUCCAGCCUCCCUCUCCUGUCUGUGUGCUCAGCCUCUUCUCUCAAGUUUCUACCGGUAUUCUGCUCCCUGGCUUCCUCGUCCAUGUCCAGCCUCACUCUCCUGUCUAUGUGCUUAGCCUCUUCUCUCAAGUUUAUACCUGUACUCUGCUCCUUGGCCGCCUCCUCCAGGCCCACUCCCCCGUCUGCUCAUCCUCUUCUCCUCUCAAGUUUCUACCUGUACUCUGCUUCCUGGCCUCCUCUUCCAGAACCACUCUCCUGUCUAUGUGCUCAGCCUCUUCUCCUCUCAAGUUUCUACCUGUACUCUGCUCCCUGGCCUCCUCUUCCAGAACCACUCUCCUGUUUAUGUGCUCCGCCUCUUCUCCUCUCAAGUUUCUACCUGUACUCUGCUCCCUGGCCUCCUCUUCCAGAACCACUCUCCUGUUUAUGUGCUCCGCCUCUUCUCCUCUCAAGUUUCUACCUGUACUCUGCUCCCUGGCCUCCUCCUCCAGCCCCACUCUCCUGUUUAUGUGCUCAGCCUCUUCUCUCAAGUUUCUACCUGUACUCUGCUCCCUGGCCUCCUACUCACAAAUACACUUGAAGUUCAUGUGUGUGCAAUUUUUUUUUCUUUUUAAAUGUCUUCCCCUCUGUUUAAUUUAUAAUUUUAUUUAAAGUAAAGAAAAACACCAUAAUACUUGGA